AUGUCUCCAAGUCCCAGCUCUCUCCUGCUUUCUCCAUCUCUAGAUGCUUCUCCUCAGGUGAUUGCGAUUGAGUUGUUGGAGGGAUUGAAGUAUGCAAAUUCACAAGAGUGGGUUAAACAUGAAGUCUCUGUUGCCACCAUUGGCAUCACUGACCAUGCUCAGGGCCAUUUAGGUGAAGUAGUGUUUGUGGAACUCCCAGAGGAAAAUAGUUCGGUAAGUAAAGAGAAAAGCUUUGGAGCAGUGGAGAAUGUGAAGGAGACAAGUGAGAUCUUAUCACCGAUCUCAUGUGAAGUCAUUGAGGUUAACAAGAAGCUCACAGAGUUACCAGGCUUGAUCAACUCAAGUCCCUACGAAGAUGGUUGGAUGGUCAAAGUGAAGCCGAGCAACCCAACAAAGUUUGUAUAUUUGAUGGGUCCAAAAGAAUACAAAGUUCUGCGACGAGGAAGACACAGCUCACUAAUAUGGCAUCUAUGUCUUCAUAUGUGCCAAAGUUGA